UGUGGUUGAGCAAUAUUCAGUCUCAAAUAGUAGCCUCAGUGAACUUUGACUCUAGCAUUUCUGCACGUGGCAGCCAAAAAUAAUUAUUACUAGCAGCUAGCUACAUGUACGUAGCUACAAGUAGCAGCUUGUUAGUGCUUCUUAUUAUUCUUGUGCUAAUUAUCAACCCCCUCCCCCCAGCAGGGGUCAAGUACCUGUGCGGAAGGCGCCCCCUGAACCACCCACUAUCCCUAAACGAUCCUCCAAUCGUCUCCCUGUACCCCCGGAUCCUGCUGCUCAGAAGAGGUCACGAGGGUCAAAGGACAGAGGUCAUGAGGCGGCAGAUAAAGGGGAGGACCAUAAUACCAUUGACUAUCGAACAGCCACCCCCCAAGAAGUGUUAGAUAUCUCUUGUCAGCUGAGCUGCUCUGGAGCAAGGGCUGUGAUGAGUGUAAGAGUGGCUACAGGAUGGAGGAGAACAUCUGCGUGGGCCAAGUGCCUUGAGUGGCUUCUCAAGACGGUGAAGAAGAGGAACGAACAGUCAGAAGUGACAGAUAUACUGGAUGAGUCUGGUGUGACCCCCGCCCACUUUGCAGCACAGGGAGGACACCUCGACUAUCUACAGCUGCUCAUGAACUUUGGCUACAGCAUGGUCCACACGGACAGGGAGAACAAGAAGCCGGUGGAUUGGGCCCAUGCUAUGGGUCAGAAUAUCUGUGUCCGCUAUCUCAUGAUGUACGAGACUUGUUGGGCACUCUCCGGAGAACUGACACACAUGGCUGAGCAGCUCGCUAUUGUACAGAAGGAGAAUGGACAGUUACGAGAUGCAUUCUCCAGUCUAGAGAAAGAGCAUGAAUCUGCCAUUACUAAACUGCUGACUAGUCACGAGGAGAGACUGACUAAGAUGAGGGAACAUCACGUCGACCUCAUGGCAUCAAUACUGCACAUGAACCAGGACACUCCGCCCACUGGAGGGGGAGGGGCUACUGCACCAUCAGACAAUAAGAACAGGGGUCAAGUACCUGUGCGGAAGGCGCCCCCUGAACCACCCACUACCCCUAAACGAUCCUCCAAUCGUCCCCCUGUACCCCCAGAUCCUGCUGCUAAGAAGAGGUCGCAAGGGUCAGAGGACAGAGGUCAUGAGGCGGCAGAUAAAGGGGAGGACCAUAAUACCAUUGACUAUCGAACAGCCACCCCCCAAGAAGUGUUAGAGUGAGUGAAUAGUAUAAAU